CCAUGUCUCGGACUUUAACUUCAGAGAAAGACUGGUCUCAUGAUACUGAUAGACAAAGCUCCUUGGUUCAAGAAGCUGUUGAUACGGAAGGUAGAAACUGCCGUGGACUUAAGAAUAUUGCCAGGCUAGUUGGUAUUAAGAUAUCUGAAAAGGGUACCACAUGUUACAGAGAAAUAGCUGACGAAAUCAUACAAGAACUCGGUAGUGCAGAGAAGCGAACCUUGACAGACGAAAGAAGUAUCCGUCGUCGAGUCUAUGACGCUAUCAAUAUACUCUUAGCAAUGAAUUUUAUAAAAAAGGAGUGCCGCUCUAUUCAAUGGCGUGGACCACGUCUAGACUGGAACGAUUCUAACACAACCAUCAGACCUGAUACUAUUUCUCCUUCUAUGCAGAAAUAUUUUCAGCAAGAGCAGCCUUUUCAGUGUUCUUCAGAAAGCUCUGAGCUAGAAAGGAAUAUUGAAUUUGUCAAGAAACCUCUAGUACUCAUUACUGUGCCAAUAAAGGAUGGACAAAUCUGUGUCAACUCGACAGGAGACUUCAAAAAGCUGAAACUCAGAAGCUCUGGAAACGUAAAACUGUUCGAUGAGAAUAUUCUAUGUAAUGUUGUUUCGAACCAACGUCAAUGAAGCUUGAGUUAUGGUUAAAAAAAAGUACAUAUAAAACUUGCUGAAUAAACUAGAUCCACAUUCG